GCGAGAUUACCCGGCGCAUGCGUGCUGUGCACGAUGAGUCCCGGAGAGGUGCUGGUACUUAGUACCCUUGAGUACCGGCAGAAGAAAACUCUUGUUUUGGUGACUUUUCAUGCCUAGCUCUCCGGCCUCCAUUUUCCCGUGGCCCUUAUGAGCUACUGCUUGGAGUUUCCAUCCCCCUGCGGGACGGGAAGAUUAACCCCGAGCUUUCCGAUCUAGCUAGAGUUGAACUAUCAUGCAACUUAGCUGAGGUAAGGACUAUCCCCGAGGAACCCAAUGAGUGGAACACAGUCUGCGGCCUCGGACAGGUUUUAUGGAAGAAAACCAACCAGGCAUGGGAGCAUUCUGAGCAGUGACGUAUCGGCUGACAGGAGGCAGAAGGUGGAGCGGAGCGUCAGCUCGACCCACGACUUGUUAUCUCAUGAUUUUGAUGCUACAGAGAGUUCGUCCAGGAAGACAAAGUCUACUUGGGAUGAGAGUAGACAGGAGACCUAUGGUUUAGUUCAGCGCUGUGUGAUCAUCCAGAGAGACGAGAAUGGCUUUGGGCUGACGGUCAGCGGUGAUAACCCUGUGUUUGUUCAGUCGGUGAAGGAAGAUGGAGCGGCCAUGCGGGCUGGGGUGCAGACGGGAGAUCGCAUCAUUAAGGUUAAUGGGACCCUGGUCACACACUCCAAUCAUCUUGAAGUUGUAAAGCUUAUUAAGUCCGGCUCCUACGUGGCUCUUACAGUACAAGGUCGACCUCCCGGAUCUCCACACAUCCCUUUAUCUGAGAGCGAUCCAUUCCCUCCUUUGCACAUGUCCCCACUGAAUCAUGGACACGGGCCCUUAGAAAGAAUAACUAGCCCCGUAUUAGUAGGGGAGGAGAACAAUAUCAUGCACAACCAGAAAUUAGACAUCCUGAAGAAGAUGCUGCAGAAGGAGAAAGAACAGUUACAGUCUUCCCAGGAGGAGUACAGCAGCUCGCCAUCCACUCGGCUCUUUAAGGAAAUCCAAGACACCAAGAAACACAUACACCAGCUGCAAGAACAACUAUGUAAAACCAAAUCUCCUACACAGAUAAAUGAGCUGGACACUUACUCCUCCGACCAAGAGCGCUCUGAUUACAUCAUUGGAGAUGGAUCGCGUCCAAGCAGUAAUGUUACAGACAGCCCAUGCAGCGGACAAAGAGAGAAGAGUUUUCUGGAAGAGAGCCCCGAGAAGAGCGAAUAUCUGGAUACAGACUCUCAGUCCAGCAUGGGAAGCCCCUCGGCUCGCUUUGCACAUAGUAUUAUUGGCGCUGAGGAUGAAGACUUUGUUGCUGACCCAGAGCAGCAGGUGGCUGACCAGUGUAGCUGCUUCCAAAGUAUGGACCUCUUGAAGUCUCACCCUGCCCACCUCGCCGUUUUCUUAUUCUAUGUAGUUUCCCAGUUUGACCCUGCACCUUUGCUCUGCUACUUAUAUGGAGACCUCUAUCAGCAAACCAACCCAAAGGAGACCCGGAGAGUAUUUCUUGAAUUCUAUCAGUGCUUCCUAGAGCGGACAGCGCACCUUCGAGUUUCUGUUCCAGAAGACCUUGCCGGUGAACUAGAAAAAAGGCGUCCAGAGUUCAUACCGGAAGAUUUACUCCGGCAGUAUGUCCACACCAUGGUGGAGAAGAUGUGUCCUGACGUACAGAAACUUUUAGAGGACUUCAGGCAAAAGCGCAACAUGGGUUUGACCUUGGCGGAAAGUGAGUUGGCCAAACUGGAUGCAGAACGGGCGCGAGAACGCAACACCCUGGAGAAAGAGAGGCUCUGCGCGGAGCCAAUAUUACAGAAAAUUGAGGAGGUUUUAAUGUCAUCGCAGCCCCCUGAAGAUGAAAAAUUCGGCACUAUACAGUACGUUAUCCUGACCUACAUGAAGCACCUUGGCGUGAAAGUGAAAGAGCCGAGACUCCUGGAGCAGAGACGCGGACGUAUUGGAUUCCUACCAAAAAUUAAGCAAAGCAUGAAGAAGGAUAAAGAAGGAGAGGAAAAGUGGAAGCGGCGAGGGCUGUCCAGCAUCUUAGGUCCUCCACGACGACCAAGCCGGCAAGACAGUAAUGCAAUUUCAAGAGCCUUGCAAAUGCAGAAACACCCGAAGCACUUAUCGACCUCAUCGUCCAGCAGCCCUGAGCCGGCGGAGAGCAGACUGCGUUUUAGCGGUGGCUCUGUGGAUGGGCAUGAUUCUUCCUUCAGUCCUUUUUCUCCUCCUCCUAAUACUGCUUCAGCUUACAGCUCCCCAGAUGGUACUCGGGAUUCAGAGGGCGGCAUGAAAUUCAGUGCGGACGGGUCUCAUUCCACUGACUCUUGUGAUGGAAGUUCACGGACUUCCGGUUCCCUCUUUGACUUCCCGUCUUCUCCACUGGACCUUCUGCAGGAAGAAGUGAAAGACUCUGAUCGAUUCAGUGACCAUGGCACCCCCAAACUUUCACGAAAAUUGGACAGCUUGGGCCUUGGAGACACUCAGAGUGAAGAUGAACUCCAUGAUCUAGACCUGGAGAUGGAUCCUCCCAACUGGCAGCAGCUGGUCAGCAGAGAUAUUUUACAGGGACUAAAACCACACGAGAUCAAACAGCAAGAGGUCAUACAUGAGCUGUUCUAUACGGAGAGAGCACACGUCCGCACGCUUAAUGUACUCAACCAAGUCUUCCACCAAAGAGUCAUCCGAGAAAGCCUCUUAACGCCCGCUGAAACGCGUAGUGUGUUUUCCAAUCUGGAGGAGAUCUUAGAGCUUCACGUUGGGCUGAAGGAGCAGAUGAAAGCCGUCAAAAAACGUUAUGAGAACUCGGUCAUUAAACAGAUCGGCGACGACGUUUUAAGCUGGUUUUGUGGACCCGAGGAGGAAAAACUAAAGCAAGCAGUAGCCACUUUUUGUAGCAAUCAACCCUUCGCCUUGGAGAUGAUAAAGUCCCGGCAGAAGAAGGACAUAAAGUUCUUAACGUUUGUUCAGGAUGCUGAGAGUAAUCCGCUGUGCAGGCGCUUGCAGCUGAAGGACAUUAUUCCGACGGAGAUGCAGAGGCUGACCAAAUAUCCUCUUCUGCUGGAUAACAUCGCCAAGUACUCAGACCAACCAGAAGAGAAGCUGAAGGUAAAGAACGCUGCCGACCACUGCCGGAGGAUCCUGAAUCAUGUCAACCAGGCCGUCAGAGAAGCGGAGAACAAGCAGAGACUUGAAGACUACCAGCGAAGGCUUGACCUGUCUAACCUGAAACCAGGGGAGUAUCCGAUGAGCGAUGAGCUAAGGAAUCUGGAUUUAACAAAGAGGAAGAUGGUUCAUGAAGGGCCUUUGGCUUGGAAGGUGAAUAGAGACAAGAUCAUUGAUCUGUACACGCUGCUGCUGGAAGACAUUCUGGUUCUGCUUCAGAGACAGGAUGACAAAUUGAUCCUCAGAUGCUACAGUAAGAUCCUGGCCACCACGUCCGACGGAAAACACAUAUUCAGCCCCGUCAUCAAGCUAAACACGGUGCUGGUCCGACAAGUAGCCACAGACAACAAGGCCUUCUUUGUUAUAUCCAUGUCGGACAACGGAGCACAGAUUUAUGAGCUGAUCGCAAACACCGUGUCCGAGAAAAAUGUUUGGCAUGACUUGAUUUCAAGAAUAGCUGCUGCCUCGAAAGUGGAGGAUCCCAGACCAGCAAUUCCACUACAGGUCACCCCAGGGAUUACCAAUGAAGAGGAACAUGAAGAUGAUGAGAAGCAGAAAGUGGAGGAUAAAGGAGAAGAUCUGACCGGGACUAGCUCAGACAAGGAUCCAAGCCCUGAAGGUUCAGCACUGUCCCAUGGCGGCGGGGACGGCAUCGCACAACCAGCGCAGAGCAAUCUGCUGCCACUGGCAUCUACCAGUCCUAGCCAUGGGUCCUAUUACACCGCUGCGGAGCACACAUGGGCACAGGAUGCACUCAGAAACUUGGAACUACUCCGAGAAUUACUAAUGCAGCAGGUCAAGCUCCUUCAGAAAGAAGAAGCCGAGAACUUCCAGCGUUUCUGCAGUCGGAGCACCCAGCAGAUGAUGGAGAGCGAGAGACAGUCAAGAGCUUCGGGACACAACCACCAGAGAAAACGAAUCGGAAAGGCUUGUGCCAAUAAACAAUCACUCUUACAGCAAAAGACUGAAAAAAGAAACUCUGAUCAUGGUAGCGUAGGCUCGGAAGAGCCCCCGGAAGAUGGCGGAGAGCAGUUUUUUGAUGCUCAUGAACCUCAAAGCGAUGAACCGUCAAAGAACUACACUAAAGAUUCGGAAGAAGUCCAGUAUCAGAUAUUGGGGAGAUACCUGAUUCUGGAGGGCUAUGAGAACAUGCAGGAGAGCUCCACAGAUGAAGACUUUGUUUACUCUGAGUCCUCUAAUCAAAGCACAUAUUCAGAGCAACAAGCUGGAUCCUCGUAUGCAGCAGACAGGCUGAACCCCCCUGUCGGCGGGCACCUUGAGCCCACGCCACCUUCAGACAUGUUCAAACAGAUGCUGCUUUAUAUUGAGAAAAUUGAAACUGACUUGCAACAGCUCAAGGGACUUGAAAACUGUUAUAGUGCACUCCGGAAUAAGCUGGCAGCAUCAGGCCUCCUGGAAGAAGAACCAGAUAUCAAGAUGCUCCCUACUGACAAGGGUUGAGAACAAAGCUGUCUGAGCUCUGGUCCGGGAGAUUUCAGCUCACCGGAGGGAUCUGCCUGCAGCCCACCAACAAUCCCACAAUCUCUUCUAGACCUUGGGCAAAACCCUGCAGACCUUCCCCUCGAUCCUCCAGCACACAACAUACACCUCACUUGUAGGCUAGACGUAACGAUUUGAGAGCAGGUCAAGAAAAAGUCCUAAAGCAACGUGACUGCAGCCGCUUUGUAACCUGGAUGACGUUGCGGUGCAGGAGAUGAGAUGUAACCAGUCUCUACCCAGUUGCAAUCAGACUGAUGGGUACAUAGGAUGUGAUAAGAAAAAAAAAAGGCAAUAUGUGUUCGUUACCUGUUCGUUGCGAGCGUGUUUGUGCCAUGAAAAAUGUCUCUAUGAGAAGA